AUGAUAGUGCAACACUUCCCGGAGAAUAAAGUGAGGAUGGAAGCAUUGCAGCUGGAAGAUCCUUCCCUGGCUCAGGUCGAGAAAAUAGCUACAACGUUUGAGAUCACUAGUAAAGCUACAAAAGAAAUAGCGGCUCCUACGGAAGUAAUGCUGUUUUUGAAAAGUAAGGAGUUGAAGGGAGAAUGUCAACAGAAGGCAAAGAACCCGCAGAAACAGCGCCUCGGGUGGAGGCAGGUAGUACGAAAAACGUGCGAAACCGUUAAAAAUACGUGUGAUAUUUCAAUGUCCAGACUUAGGAGCCCAAAGGGGAAAAUCAUGUGUAUUGGUGAGAACAGUGGGAGCAGUGGUAACAGUGGGAGAAGUGGUAACAGUGGUAACAGUGGGAAGGUUGGAAGAGUGGGAACAGGGGGAAAAGUGGGAAAAGUGGGAACAGUGGGAACAGUAGGAACAGUAGGAACAGUGGGAACAGUAGGAACAGUGGGAACACUAAGAACAGUGGGAACAGUAAGAACAGAGCGUCUUGACUUUGAAGUUCUUCAAACAGUUUUUAUGUAUUGCUUUGCCAUAAUUGUGUGUCCAGUUCUCACAUUUUUUGGAAGCAAAGCAUUUAUAUUUGAAGGAUUGUUUGGAUUGAAUGAAGUCUCCACCAAUGUGUAUUCUGCUGUGGCAUCUGUGAUAGUUCUUCAUGUGGCUUUGGGAAUGUUCAUUUAUAAAGCAUAUUCAGACCCGACUCCACUUCAGAAGCCUGGAAAACAAGAUUAAAACUCUGGUUUAAUGGUUUGGUGUACUAAGCAACUGACACGUGAUAUUUUUCACUAUUCAAAUGUAGACAAUUUAUUGCUUAGUUGACAAGUACAUUAUAAUUGAAUGUGGUGGCAGAAAAUCUGUGAAUAGUUUAAAAUGAGUAGAGUAAGGUGAACUUGUGUUUGUAUUGAAACAAAAAAAAAUAUAUAAAAAAGCAAAAUUCAUCUUCAUAUUGUAUUAUUGCUAAAUAUUGAGAAAAGAUUAUGUGUGAAAUACUCUGAAGUAAUUGCAACAGAUGUUGGAAAGAUAAUGUUCUGUGAUGUAUGUGGAUAAUAGUAUAUUUGCAAUAGCUAACUUUUAGAUUCUGAAAUUUUGUAACCCUUAUGCAAUGCAUUCAAGGAAAGUAUGUUGAAAGCACACAAAGGCCCUUUUGCCAAAAAUUAUUUGAUUUAAUUGUCUGUUAUUAAGUUUGUGAUAUUACAUUUUUUAAAUAUUGUUGACGGGAGAAAAUAUGACGAACAAUGUUUUAUUGACACUUUCUAAAGGAUGUCUCCUAAGUACUACAAAGUUUGCUAUGUAUUGGAAUACUUUCUGAGUGUGUACAUUAUAUUUAUUUGUUCAAUUAAUAAUUUCAAAAUAACAAUGCAUUGUGCCGACUAAGAAAGCUACAUAAAUAUGAAGGUACUGGAGUUCAUUGAAAAGGUUUUUGAAUUAGUAGUUUAAUAUUGCUCAUUCUGCAAAUUUUAAUUUUUAACAAUAUGAUUUACAAACUUUUAAAGUGUAUUUAGAAAAUUAUUGGAUUCACAAAAAUUUACAUAGGCUAUGAAAGAAAUUACAUGUACUAUACUUGAACAAUUUAUGAAUGAAUUAAAUUGAAUAUGUCAGAAAAUUUAGUUUUUAAAUUAUUCUGAAUAAACUUGUGUACAUUUCUCCUUCAGAAUGGUAAGAAGGCAGGGAACUUUAUUUCAGUAUUCUUUUAUUUUCUAGACCCUAAUUUCGCUUAAUUUUGAUGAAUAAAAAAUGUCCAAUGCCUGUAUAGAGUAUGCACU